GAGGCGAUCACUGGGCAGGCUCGUCUUUCGCCUCAGUCUCGAGCCCUAACUGUCAGUGUGACGUGCGGAUCCUCAGUACCAGCGACCGUCGCGAUGCCAUUCGGUUCCUUAGGGCCUCUCUGUGCCACUCACGCGGCACACCCUCCGCCGUCAUUAGCCACCAUCAUGGCGAAGCUCACAAAGCUGGUAAAAAUCAAGGUGACCCCAAGAAAAUGGCUCCUCCUCCAAAGGAGGUAGAAGAAGAUAGUGAAGAUGAGGAAAUGUCAGAUGAUGAGGAAGAUGAAAGCAGUGGAGAAGAGGUGGUCAUUCCUCAGAAAAAAGGCAAGAAGGCUACCACAACUCCAGCAAAGAAGGUGAUGGUUUCCCCAACAAAAAAGAUUGCAGUUGCCACACCUGGGAAGAAGGGAGGCACACCGGGCAAAGCAUUGGUAGCAACCCCUGGUGAGAAGGGAGCAGCCACCCCAGCCAAGGGAGGAAAGAACAGCAAGAAUGCCAAGAAGGAAGACAGUGAUGAGGAAGAUGACAACGACAAUGAAGAGGAUGAUGAGGAUGAAUUUGAGCCUACAGUGAUGAAAGCUGCUGCCUCAGAUGAUGCUGCUGCUGAUGAAGAAGAUGGUAAAGAGUUUUAUUGGUAGUUCCUGGGCUCUUGUUUGCAAGAUACAUCAGAGGAAGUUUGGCUAUAUGGAUAUUGAAUCUGCUGAAGACCUGGAAAAAGCCUUAGAACUCACUGGUUUAAAAGUAUUUUGGCAAUGAAAUUAAACUAGAAAAACCAAAGGGAAAAGACAGUAAAAAAGGCUGGUAAAAAUCAAGGUGACCCCAAGAAAAUGGCUCCUCCUCCAAAAGAGGUAGAAGAAGAUAGUGAAGAUGAGGAAAUGUCAGAUGAUGAAGAAGAUGAAAGCAGUGGAGAAGAGGUGGUCAUUCCUCAGAAAAAAGGCAAGAAGGCUACCACAACUCCAGCAAAGAAGGUGAUGGUUUCCCCAACAAAAAAGAUUGCAGUUGCCACACCAGGCAAGAAAGCAGUUGUUACCCCUGGCAAAAAGGCAGUGGCUCUGCCUACCCCUGGCAAAAAGGCAGCAGUUACACCAGCCAAAGCGGUAGCCACACCUGGCAAGAAGGGAGGCACACCAGGCAAGGCAUUGGUAGCAACCCCUGGUAAGAAGGGAGCAGCCACUCCAGCCAAGGGAGCAAAGAAUGGCAAGAAUGCUAAAAAGGAAGACAGUGAUGAGGAAGAUGAUGAUGACAGUGAAGAGGGUGAUGAGGAGGAUGAGGAUGAAGAUGAGGAUGAAUUUGAGCCAACAGUGAUGAAAGCUGCUGCCUCAGAUGAUGACGACGAUGAAGAUGAGGAUGAAGACGACGACGACGAUGAUGAUGAGGAGGAUGAUGAUGAUGAAGAUGACUCUGAAGAAGAACCUAUGGAGAUUACACCAGCCAAAGGCAAGAAAGCUCCUGCAAAAGCUGUUCCUGUGAAGGCCAAGAGCACAGCUGAGGAAGAAGAUGAAGAGGAUGAUGAUGAUGAAGAAGACGAUGAAGAGGAUGAGGAGGAUGAGGAGGAGGAAGAUGAAGAGGAGGAGGAUGAGGAUGAAGAGGAGGAGGAAGAAGAACCUGUCAAAGAAGCACCUGGAAAACGAAAGAAGGAAAUGGCCAAACAGAAAGCUGCUCCUGAAGCCAAGAAACAAAAAGUAGAAGCCACAGAACCAACCACAGCCUUCAAUCUCUUUGUUGGAAACCUGAACUUCAGCAAAUCUGCUCCUGAAUUAAAAACGGGUAUCAGUGACGUUUUUGCUAAAAACGAUCUUGCUGUUGUGGAUGUCAGAAUUGGUGUGUCUAGGAAGUUUGGCUAUGUGGAUUUUGAAUCUGCUGAAGACCUGGAAAAAGCCUUAGAACUCACUGGUUUAAAAGUAUUUGGCAAUGAAAUUAAACUAGAAAAACCAAAGGGAAAAGACAGUAAAAAAGAUCGAGAUGCAAGAACACUUUUGGCUAAAAAUCUGCCUUAUAAAGUUACUCAGGACGAAUUAAAAGAAGUGUUUGAAGAUGCUAUGGAGAUCAGAUUAGUCAGCAAGGAUGGAAAGAGUAAAGGGAUUGCUUAUAUUGAAUUUAAGACAGAAGCUGAUGCAGAGAAAACUUUGGAAGAAAAGCAGGGAACAGAAAUAGAUGGGCGAUCCAUUUCCCUGUACUAUACUGGAGAGAAAGGUCAAAGUCAAGACUACAGAGGUGGAAAGAAUAGCACUUGGAGUGGUGAAUCAAAAACUCUGGUUUUAAGCAAUCUUUCCUACAGUGCAACAGAAGAAACUCUUCAGGAAGUAUUUGAGAAGGCCACUUUCAUCAAAGUACCCCAGAACCAAAAUGGCAAAUCUAAAGGGUAUGCAUUUAUAGAAUUUGCUUCAUUUGAAGAUGCUAAAGAAGCUUUAAAUUCCUGUAAUAAAAGAGAAAUUGAGGGCAGAGCAAUCAGGCUGGAAUUGCAAGGACCCAGGGGAUCACCUAAUGCAAGAAGCCAGCCAUCCAAAACUCUGUUUGUCAAAGGUCUGUCUGAGGAGACUACAGAGGAGACGUUGAAGGAGUCAUUUGAUGGCUCUGUCCGGGCAAGGAUAGUCACUGACCGGGAGACGGGCUCUUCCAAAGGGUUUGGUUUUGUAGACUUCAACAGUGAAGAAGAUGCCAAAGCUGCCAAGGAGGCUAUGGAAGAUGGUGAAAUUGAUGGAAACAAAGUUACUUUGGACUGGGCCAAGCCUAAGGGUGAAGGUGGCUUCGGGGGUCGCGGUGGAGGAAGAGGAGGCUUUGGAGGCCGAGGUGGUGGCAGAGGAGGCCGAGGUGGAUUUGGUGGCAGAGGCCGGGGAGGUUUUGGAGGUCGAGGAGGCUUCCGAGGAGGCAGAGGAGGAGGAGGAGACCACAAGCCACAAGGAAAGAAGACGAAGUUUGAAUAGUUUCUUCUAUCCCUGUCUUUCCCUCUUCCAUUCAAAGAAAGGACUCUGAUGUUUUUACUCUGUUACCUGAUCAAUGACAGAGCCUUCUAAGGACAUUCCAAGACAGUAUACAGUCCUGUGGUCUACUUGGAGAUCUGUUUAGAUAACAUUUCAAAGGAGAUACCCUGUUGGUUUUGACUGGAUAUUCGUAUAAACUUUUUAAAGAGAUGAGUGAUAGAGCUAACCCUUAUCUGUAAGUUUUGAAUUUAUAUUGUUUCUUCCCAUGUACAAAACCAUUUUUUUCCUACAAAUAGUUUUUUUGUGCGUGUGUUGGGGUAUAAAGGCAAGCAGAAUGUUUUAUCAUGAUUUUGCUUCAGCAACUUUGGGACAAAUUAAAAGUCCUAAACUCU